GGCGCUGUGUCGACCCUCGUUGCACAAUCCAAUCUACAGCGCAAACAUCUAGCGACUAGUGAAUUUCUUUUGGAAGCAAAGAAGAGGAGGGUUGACGUAGCGUUGCUCCAGGAGCCGUAUGUGGGAAGCCAGGGUAGAGUGAGGGACCAUCGGGGUGUGAGGAUCUUCCAGGGGAUCAACGGGCAGGGGGCUGUUAUCAAGUCAGCCAUUGCUGUGUUCAAUGACGGUUGGGUAGUGACUCCUUGUCCAUCCCUAACCACGACCAACAUCACAGUGGUGAAGAUCUACACUGGAAUACGCAAUUUAGUGGUCGUAUCGUUCUACUUUGAGUCGGAUAAGCCCAUUGGGCCACACUUAGAGCAGCUGGGGAAAGUGGUUGAAACACUGGGAUCUCGCGGAAUCCUUAUAGGGGGCGACACCAAUGCGAAAAGCGUGUGGUGGGGCAGUGUAGGCACCGACGCCAGGGGAGAGGAAGUGUUAGGCAUGCUAGGAGAAUGGGGAUUGCAGUUGCUCAACGAUGGCCAAACUCCAACAUUCGAGACAGUUAGAGGAGGUAAGCUCCUCACCAGUCACAUCGACAUAACAGCCUGCUUGGAGGAUAUCAUUGGUCUAAUAAGCGACUGGAAGGUGGAUGACACCAUGGCGAGCUCGGAUCACAACGCAAUAACGUUCGUAAUUAAGAAAAGCAAAGAUAAGUAUACACAAGCAAAAUCAAAAACAACUAGGAAAUAUAAUACAAAUAAAGCUAACUGGACAUAUUUUAACGAAAAACUCGAAGAAUUAAUAGAAAAUAAUAAUCUAACAAACACAGAAAUAAGAAAUAUCAAGGAAAAAACAAAGCUAGACGAAGUAAUAAAUAAAUAUACAGAAGUAGUCACAGAGGCUAGUAAUAGUGCCAUACCAUUAAUAAAGAUUAAAAACAGCAUGAACUUACCGUGGUGGUCCGAGAAACUUGCCAAAAUGAAGCAGGGAGUCGCCACCAGAAGGAGAAGAAUCAGAUGUGCAGCGCCAGUACGAAGAGCCAAGGUCGUCCGGGAGUACCUGGAAUCAAAAGAAUUAUAUUAUGAGAAUGAAGCGAAGAAAGCAAAGAUAGACAGCUGGAAGGAGUUCUGUAAGAAGCAGACCAAAGAAACCAUCUGGAACGGCGUCUACAGAAUGAUAGGAAAAGUGUCAGUGAAGAAGGAAGACCUGCCACUAAUCUACCGAGGAAAAACCCUAAGUGAGGAGGAGUCAGCGAAGCACCUGGCAGAAAACUUUUACCCAGAAGACAAGUCAGAAGAAGACAACGCAGAACAUCAAUCAAUUAGGAAAGCAGCCGACCGUAUAAAUGGAGGACAGGAUGAUGACUAUCAGGAUCCACCAUUCACAGUACAUGAAGUUUUAACGGCGGCAGAAAGCUUUAAUCCAAAGAAAGCCCCUGGAGCGGAUGGUUUGACUGCUGACAUCUGCAAGCAAGCGAUCCAGAAAAAUCCGAAGCUGUACCUGUCACUGGCAAACAGNCCAACUGCGGCAGAGAUGGGGCUGGACGGAAAACGAAAGCUGUGA